CAUUCCAGGAGAGAGGAACGAUGUCCAAGUAUCGCCUGACGUACUUCGACGCCCGCGGCCGGGCGGAAGUGUCCCGCUUGUUGUUCGCAGCUGCUGGAAAGGCUUAUGAAGACAUCCGUAUCCCUGUUUCCGAGGUGCGGAACAAGCAUCAGGACUGGCUCUCCAUUAAAGAAAGGGCACCGUUUGGACAGUUACCCAUGUUAGAAGUAGAUGAUGACUUUAUCCUUGCUCAGAGCCACGCAAUCGAGAGAUUUCUCGCCCGGGAGUUCGACAUGUAUGGGAAGGACGAGUUUGAGAGAGCGGAGGUAGACAUGUUUGUUCAGGCGGUAGAUGAUCUAUUAACAUCUCUCAUAGAGUAUCAUUUCUUGGUAACAGACCUAGCGGAGAAGGAAACAAUCAAACAGAAGUUCUUUCGGUACUCCUGCCUCAAUGUUCUAGAUGCCUGUGAAGUCAGAAUGUCAGACCCUACAAGCUUUCUGGUUGGAGAGUCUUUAACAUUGGCAGACCUUUCUUUACUGGACCUCAGAAGCUGGAUACAGAACGUAUUCCCUGACGACCAUGUGAUGCUGCUGGGGCCUUAUGCAAAUAUCUAUCGCCACAACCAGAUGGUCGCCUCUCUCCCGGGAAUAGCCGAGUGGUUAGAGAAGCGACCCAAAACAGCAUUCUAACUAAGCCAAGCAGCAUCAUAAAAAACGCCUAUACAUAUAUAUUCGCUGGUUCUGUUCCCUUUAUAAUCCAGUUGCUGACUGGUAGACAUCAUAUCAUUAUCUCAAACAUCCAAACGACUGUAUGUUGUUAACAUAACAUUUAUUCUUUAUAAGUUUAUAUCUAUCAAUAAUGCCACAUAUUUUAA